CUGUCUGCAGUCUCUGGCCAUUCACUUCACUGUUUGCAGUCUCUGGUCAUCCCCUGUACUGUCUGCAGUCUCUGCUCAUUCCCUGCACUGUCCGCAGUCUCUGCUCAUUACUUGUACUGUCCGCAGUCUCUGCUCAUUCCCUGCACUGUCCGCAGUCUCUGUCUCUGGUCAUCUCCUGCACUCUGUCCGCAGUCUCUGGUCAUCUCCUGCACUGUGUCCGCAGUCUCUGGUCAUCCCCUGCACUGUGUCCGCAGUCUCUGGUCAUCCUCUGCACUGUGUCCGCAGUCUCUGGUCAUCCCCUGCACUGUGUCCUCAGUCUCUGGUCAUCUCCUGCACUGUGUCCACAGUCUCUGGUCAUCUCCUGCACUGUGUCCGCAGUCUCUGGUCAUCUCCUGCACUAUGUCCGCAGUCUCUGGUCAUCUCCUGCACUGUGUCCGCAGUCUCUGGUCAUCUCCUGUACUGUGUCCGCAGUCUCUGGUCAUCUCCUGUACUGUGUCUGCAGUCUCUGGUCAUCUCCUGCACUGUGUCGCAGUCUCUGGUCAUCUUCUGUACUGUGUCCGCAGUCUCUGGUCAUCUCCUGUACUGUGUCCGCAGUCUCUGGUCAUUCCU